CCCCCCCUCUCUUCUCCCCUCCUCAUGACCAGUGCCCGGAAUCCCGCUCCCCUGCCUCUCUCUCCUUCUUCUCCCUGAGGUCUCGUCUCCUCUUCCUCCUUCCCUCUCAUUUGCCCCUGCUUGUGCAAUCGGAUCCGGUCCGCCCUUGUUCUAUUCAUCCCAUCAUUGAUCUAUCUACCCGUUCUCCUCUUCUUUCCACUCAUCUGUAGGAUGUGAACCCCUGCCUUCUCCACCCUUCUUCUAUGCAUGCCACACAAACACUCACACUCUCACACACUCCCACACACCAGCAACCAACGGAUUAUGCGAGCAAUUAACCACACAAACUGGGCAUUCUCAAGGGAACAGCAACCAAGUACCUACCGCCACCCACUGUUAAACGGCCCCGAUGGUCUGCAAGGGUCCGCCUUGCGCCCAUCUGUCGUCAGAAAUGCAAGUGAAAUCAAGAUGAAGCUUCAGCAGAUCGCUGCUGGUGCGCUGAGUCUACAGGCCCCCAAAACAAGGCGAACUAAUUCCAGAGUCAGGGUGGAGAUAGUCAUAACUAAGUAAUCCCUGUCCGAUUACAAAUCCAUCCUCUCCUCGCUUCCUCCUGUCCAAAGGACACAACUCCGUGGCCCUGGGCCUGAAAUAUAGGGCACCGAUUAAAGAUAUAGUUCCUCCGAGGCCGUGGAUGGAGCUCGGCAGGAUCAGUGCAACACAACCGUGGAAGUGGGAAUUGCGAGCAUAAUCCAAGCUUGCUG